CCCGCUCUUGCAACACCUCCCCCGCCACUCUCCCUUCCCCUCCUACCUCCUCUCUCCCUUCAGCUUAAAUUUUCUCCGAGUUUUCCGAACUUGUGGCUCAUGAGCGGGCCUACUGGGUGCGAGGUCCUGGAGGACCGUACCCUGAUCUCCGUCUGCCCCUGACUUUCAGCUUCUCGAACCCGAGGCCCAGGCUGCCACCGCUCGGGCCACCUGGUCCGAUCGUCUUACUUCAUUCACGAGCGUUGCCAAUUGCUGCCCUGUCCCCAGCCCCAAUGGGGGAGUGAGAGGCCACUGCCGGCCGGACAUGGGUCUCCCCACCGUGCCUGGCCUGCUGCUGUCACUGGUGCUCCUGGCUCUGCUGAUGGGGAUACAACCGUCAGGAGUCACUGGACUAGUCCCUUCUUUUGGUGACCGGGAGAAGAGGGAUAGUUUGUGUCCCCAGGGAAAGUAUGUCCAUUCUAAGAAUAGUUCCAUCUGCUGCACUAAGUGCCACAAAGGAACCUACUUGGUGAGUGACUGUCCGAGCCCAGGGCGGGAUACAGUCUGCAGGGAGUGUGAAAAAGGCACCUUUACAGCUUCCCAGAACCACCUCAGACAAUGCCUCAGCUGCAAGAAAUGUCGGAAAGAAAUGUCCCAGGUGGAGAUCUCUCCUUGCCAAGCUGACAGGGACACGGUGUGUGGCUGUAAGGAGAACCAGUUCCAACGCCACCUGAGCGAGACGCACUUCCAGUGCGUGGACUGCAGCCCCUGCUUCAAUGGCACCGUGAAUAUCCCCUGUAAGGAGACUCAGAACACCGUGUGUAACUGCCAUGGGGGGUUCUUUCUAAGAGAAAGUGAGUGCGUCCCUUGCAGCCACUGCAAGAAAAAUCAGGAGUGUAUGAAGUUGUGCCUAACUCCUCCGAUUGCAAAUGUCACACACCCCCAGGACUCAGGUACCGCGGUGCUGUUGCCCCUGGUUAUCUUCCUAGGUCUUUGCCUUUUAUCCUUUAUCUUCAUCAGUUUAAUGUGCCGAUAUCCCCGGUGGAGGUCCGAGGUCUACUCCAUCCUUUGUAGGGAUUCUGUGCCUGUCAAAGAGGAGAAGGCUGGAAAGCCCCUAACUCCAGCCCUGUCCCCAGCCUUCAGCCUCACCCCCAGCUUCAACCCCACUCUGGGCUUCAGCACCCCAGGCUUUAGUCCUCCUGUCUCCAGUGUCCCCAUCAGCCCAGUCUUUGGUCCUAGUAACUGGCACUUCAUGCCACCUGUCAGUGAGGUAGUCCCAACCCAGGGUGCUGAUCCUCUGCUCUACGAAUCACUCACCUCCGUGCCUGCCCCCACCUCUGUUCAGAAACGGGAAGACUCCUCCCACCCGCAACGUCCUGACAAUGCAGACCUUGCGAUUCUGUAUGCUGUGGUGGAUGGCGUGCCUCCAGCGCGCUGGAAGGAGUUCAUGAGGUUCAUGGGGCUGAGCGAGCACGAGAUCGAGAGGCUGGAGCUGCAGAACGGGCGCUACCUGCGCGAGGCUCAGUACAGCAUGCUGGAAGCCUGGCGGCGCCGCACGCCGCGCCACGAGGACACGCUGGAAGUAGUGAGCCUCGUGCUUUCCAAGAUGAACCUGCGUGGGUGCAUGGAGAAUAUCCUCGAAGCUCUUGAGAAAUCCCACCUCCCGCGAUAAGGCCACACCCCCACCUUAAGAGAGGGACUUGAAGGACCACCCUGCCCUACUUCCCUGUGGGUGAAUAGGGGGUAAGGGUCUCUAAGGGGCAGGCUCCAGCUGGCAGCCACUUCCUUGGUGCUACCGACUUGGUGUACAUAGCUUUUCUCAGCCGCCGAGGACUGCCUGAGCCAGCCACUUGUGCAUGGCAGGGAGAUGUACCAUCUGUUCCCGACCAGCUGAGGAUGCCAAAGACAGGAACAGGUGAUUGUGGAGGAGAGGCACACUAUAUCUGGUGCCCACUUGGGAUGCACAGGGCCCAAGCCAAGCUUCUCAGGGCCUCCUCAGUAGGUUUCUGGGCCCUUUUCACAUUUGAUAAGCAAUCUUUGUAUCAAUUAUAUCACACUAAUGGAUGAACUGUGUAAGGUAAAGGCAAGCACAGAAUGGUGGGGUCUCCAGCUGGAGCCCUCGACUCUUGUAAAUACACUAAAAGUCUAAAAAUGAU